AUGGCCUCCGUCACCCGCUCCACACGGCGCGCUGAGGGUCUUCACCCGCACCACCACGCCAGCGCCCACGCCCAUCACCUGACGCCCUCAGCCGCGGCCAGCGCAGGCCUCUUCCACCAGGCUGCCCGGAACAAGCGGGCGCUCGAGGGCCCGGAGCGCGACUUCGACGUGAUAAAGCCAAAGAGGAGUCGGAUCACCGUCGAGAUCCUCGCCAAGGGCUCACAGAACCUGGCCGACGCAGUACGGGCGCCGCCUGCACCUGUAUCGCGCCCGCGACUGGCCUUAGCCACGGUGAACCCGCCACCUCCGCCCACGACGACGACGACUGCCGCAGCCCCCGCGACGAACACCGACCAGAACCUGACAAAACACCAGGCCAAGGUGAUAAAUGGCAUCAAACACGAGCUGGACAGGCUACAGCCGCAGUCCAAGGACACUCGGGAGCAGGGGCGCAAGCUCCGCUCGCAAGAAGCCACCAGAUUCAAAAGCGAGCUCUCUGCAUACUUCCCCGAGUACGACGAGGUGAUUGGGAAUGACCCCAAGGAGCAUCAUGUGUUUAACGUCGAGACGCCGAUUGUCGUCGUUGACUCCGACCCCCGACGCGCUGCAGCAAACUCCCAAAGCGCGGUGCAGCGACCCCACCAGGCUGACCAAUACCCUGCACGAGGAUAUGGCGAUGCCCUGUUCAACGACGUGUUUGAUGCGCAGCGCAUCGAUUUUAGCUUCCUCGAGGCACAGUACAAGAACAAGGCUCUUGAGGACCCCUUGCCGGAUAAGCUGUUCCAGCCCGUACACAGGCGGGCAGAGAGGCUCGAGCGGUCGAUUCGCAAUACCGAAAAGGGACGGGCCCAGCAUGAAAAGGACCAGAUCAUCCGGCUCCUGGAGGGACUUCAAGGCCAUGACUGGUUGAGAAUAAUGGGCGUCAGCGGCAUUACCGAGACCAAGAAGAAGACGUUUGAACCAGCGCGUGACCAUUUCAUCAAGGGCUGCCAAGCCAUUCUUGCCAAGUUCCGUAACUGGAUUUUAGAAGAGAGGCGGCGGAAGAUGGAGAAGGAGAAGGCGCUCGCUGAACGAGCCGGAGAGGAUGAUUCGGAUUCGGCACAUGCCGAGGAGGACGGUGAUGACGACAAUGCUGCCAAUGACGACAGUAGCGACUCAGCAUCGCCGGCCAAGCAGCUCCAGGAAGAGGCUAUGGCUAGAACCAAACCACCGACUAAGGGUUCCAAGAAGCGGCGAACAACGCCUCAGCCACCUGCUGCAAAACAGCCGGCGGCCAAAGCACCAAUUCCCAAACCGGUCAAACCUCCCAAGCCCCCCGAGCCGCCCAAGGAGUUCAAGUCGUUCUUCAGCAAGAGGUACGAGCGGGAUGGGGCGUUGAAUCGCCAUAGGCGGGCGGGAAGGAAGGUGAUGGCAUGGGGACACCCGGUCCCCGAGAUACCCCCAGUUGAUUUUGAUUUGCCGGAAGAAUUCCUUGAUUCAGAUGCAUUGAAGGCCCGGGAAAGGAGGAAGCGCCGGGACAGGCGAGGCAGCAAGAACUGA